AUGAGCUCCACAACGAGCGCACACCUCAAAUAUUUCCUUCCUCCGUCAGAUGGGCGGCGAGUGUACACCAAUAUUAACGCUGAUCCCGUGACUGGCAAGGCUGACCGUAGUUGGGUAGAGGACGAUCACGAAGCUCAGAUCGAGAACGUCCGUGGAAGUGAGGACGAUUACACUCUCGAUAAUUCUGGCUUCCAGUUCUACCGCCGCCCCGCCAAGCAUACCAGCGCGAGCAGUGCUGUCAUAUUUGACCACACUAUUCGACGCCAUCGACCAGGGGAAGCAGACGAUAGCCCACAAAGGCGUCAACCAGUCUCUCUUGUCCAUGUCGACCAUACCACAGCGUCCUCCAUAGCUCGCGUCCAUCGUCAUCUCCCACCCACUGAUGCGCCUGCUCUCCUUCGCCGCCGUUUCCAGAUCAUCAAUCUCUGGCGCCCCAUCUCUCACGCAGCUCUUGGUUGGCCCCUCGCGCUGUGCGAUUAUCGUAGUGUCGCCAAAAAGGAUUUGAUACCGGUUGCACUGAUCUAUCCGGAUAGGGAAGGGGAGAUAUUGGGUAUUAGAUACAACCCAAAUCACAAGUGGAAGUAUCUCAGGGGCAUGGAACCGGACGAGCUCGUGCUUAUCAAAUGCUUUGACUCUGUGCAAGACGGCAGCGUAGCGGUUAUGACUCCCCACACAGGAUUCCAGGAUCCGACGACUCCAGAAGAUGCCCCUCUGCGAGAGUCGAUUGAGCUAAGAGUUCUUGUUUUCUACGACUGA